AACUGCUUGAAGUAAUGAUUACACACUAGCUGGGUAAACUGGCGUUACCCACAAUUCUUCGUUGGCACAUUGUUGUUAUUUUGAAUAAUGACGUAGCCAGAAAAGGACUGUGCAGGAGUAGACCAGACAGAGCAAAGAUGGUGUCUGUUGUUGGUGCUGUGUUCGUUGCGCUGAGCUUGGCACCCCUGCUAGUGCUUGGUGUUCCUCCCAUUGGAACCCAGCCUGAGCAGGUGCACAUUUCCUAUCCAGGGUUCCCUGGCUCUAUGGAGAUCACCUGGACCACCUUCAAUGAGACGGAGGAGAGCACCGUGGAGUACGGCCUGUGGGGCGGACGGCUGUUUGAGCUGACCGCCAAGGGCAACGCUACUUUGUUUGUGGAUGGAGGAUCAGAGGGGAGGAAGAUGUACAUCCACAGGGUCACUCUCACUGACCUGAGAUCUGCCUCUGUUUAUGUGUACCACUGUGGCAGUGAGGCUGGCUGGAGUGAUGUGUUCUCCUUUACUGCUCUGAAUGAGAGCACUAGCUGGAGUCCCAGGUUUGCCAUCUAUGGGGACAUGGGCAAUGAGAACCCUCAGUCUCUGGCCAGACUGCAAAAGGAGACCCAGGUCGGGACGUAUGAUGUCAUCCUACACGUCGGGGACUUUGCAUAUGACAUGCAUGAGGACAACGGCAGGAUUGGAGAUGAGUUCAUGCGUCAGAUCCAGUCCAUAGCUGCCUAUGUGCCCUAUAUGACCUGUCCUGGGAACCACGAGGCUGAAUACAACUUCUCCAACUACAGGAACCGCUUCAGCAUGCCAGGACAGACUGAGAGUCUAUGGUACAGCUGGAAUGUAGGAUCAGCCCAUAUCAUCUCUCUCUCCACUGAGAUCUACUUCUUUCUUGAUUAUGGCGUGGAUCUCCUCUUCAAGCAGUACGAGUGGCUUAAAAAGGACCUUGAGGAUGCCAACAGGCCAGAGAACCGAGCAGAGCGCCCCUGGAUCAUCACUAUGGGACACAGACCCAUGUACUGCUCUAACAACGAUAAAGACGACUGCACCCAGUUUGAGAGCUAUGUCCGCCUCGGACGAAAUGACACCAAACCACCAGCGCCAGGUCUGGAGGAUCUAUUGUAUCUAUACGGAGUGGACCUGGAGCUGUGGGCCCAUGAACACACAUAUGAGAGGUUGUGGCCUGUCUAUGGCUACAAGGUCUUCAAUGGGAGCAUGGAACAGCCUUAUGUGAACCCCAAAGCCCCAGUACAUAUCAUCACAGGCUCUGCUGGCUGCCGUGAGAAUCAUGAUCCGUUCGUCCCUAAUCCGAGGGACUGGAGUGCCUUCCGCAGUACAGAUUAUGGAUACACCCGCAUGCAGGUGCACAACACCACCCAUCUGUACCUGGAGCAGGUCUCCGAUGACCAGUAUGGUAAGGUGAUCGACAGCAUCUGGGUGGUGAAGGAAAAACACGGCUUCUCAGCCUGGUUCUGAAGACCGCAAGAACCCCAGCCAAUCAAAUCAACAUCUCUUCUCAGGAAAUGCACUUUUAAACCUAAUCAUUGUGAACUGCACUGUUUGUUGACUGCUAUCAAACCAAUCAUAGGAAAAGUAUUAUUCUCCAAAUAAUGGAAAUCUUCUAACACAGGCCCAGCCGUGGAGGACUGUUAGUAAUUAGACACACAUUUUUCAAAUUGGGUGUCACGUUCGUUGAGUACAGGAUUGGACCAAGUUGCAGCGUGGAAUGCAUACAUGUUUAUUCACUAAGUUAACA